ACGGCCCGUUUAGGCGGGGGAGAAACCGGCCCGCACGAAUCUCGUUGUGCUGUGCUAGUUUCGUCCGACACUUCUCCCCUCGCGAUGGCGGCUCCGGCGAGCGGCGGCCGCGGCAGGGCGCGCUCGUGCGAGACGGCGGAGCAGACCCGCGAGUGGAUGGAGGCCAUCGCCUCCUUCCUCGGGCGCCACCGCCCGCUCCUCGAGGCCCACGUCGUCAACUUCUUCAAGGAUAGGCUGUGGGAGAUGGUGGAUGCCGACUGGAUGGAGUGCCUCCGCCGGGAGCCCGUCGAGAGCCUGCUCAUGUUGCCUUCCGGCUGCGUCCAGGACCAUUGGCCAAGUUCACUACAGGAAUUUAUACUCACUGCGAGGUCGCUUGUUCUUCCACGUGAGCAAAAAUCGCCACAAUCCUUUUUACCUAAUUCGCGCGUCGCAUCAAUUGGUACUGUUCUUGCUCAAGGCAUGAACUCUAAGAAGAAGCACGAAAUUGAAGCCCUAUCUGGGAUCGUUGAUGCAAUUGCUAGGAGUCGUGGAGCCAAGACAGUGGUUGAUGUAGGUUCUGGUCAGGGUUAUCUUGCACAAGCUUUAUCCUUUGAGUACCAACUCGCCGUUAUAGCAAUAGAUGCUUCAUCACAUCAUGCUUCUGUUACAAAUACUCGUGCAGAGAGGAUAAAGAAGCACUAUGCUGCUAAAUGUGUAGAGAAGCAACAGUUCAAAGUGCCAAGAACUGUCACUUGUCAUGUUCUUUCUAGUGACACAUUGGCAGCUGUGACGUUGGAUGCAUGUCAAGAUGACCAUGGUGAACAUAUAACAGAAACUAACAACUGUAAUCAGAGUAUUCCUCAGAUUGAGCAACCAAAUCAUAGCAUUCCUCAAUUAGUCCUUGCUGGUCUUCAUGCCUGUGGUGAUCUUUCAGUUAACAUGCUAAGGGUUUUCGUGUCCUGUGAACAAGUACAAGCAUUGGUAAGUGUCGGAUGCUGUUACAACUUGUUGUCUGAGGAUACAGACACCUGCCCUGGUUUUCCUAUUAGCAAGGCUGCUAAAUCAUCUAAGCUGGUGCUUGGCAAAAGCAUCCGUGACCUAGCUUGCCAGAGCGCAGAAAGAUGGAGAAACCUCACCAAGGAAAUGGCCCUACAAAAUUUUGAUAUACAUGCCUUCCGAGCAGCUUUUCAAAUGGUACUUGAGAAAUAUUUCCCUGAAGUGUCAAGAUUGAGUCCAUCAAUUGGAAGGCAAGGAAAAGCACUGCGCCGUCAAAGGCUUCGAAAAGUUAUGGAAUCCCAUUUGGCUAUGGGGAAAGCUGAUGAUUUAUCCUAUCCUAACUGCAAGGAACAACACAUGAAUACAGAUGGUUCAUUGCCCACAGAACCAACUGCUCCUAAAGGGGCUGUCGAGUGUUGCAGCAACGAACUUUGUACAGGUGAUACUUACUCAACUUCAGCAGUUGUUGGUUCAUCCAUAUCAAGAGUUAACGUGGGACCAAGUGACACCAAUCUUGAUGAAUGUUGCAAGUUCACUCUUUUCAAAGAUUUCACAAUCUCUGGAUUAGGGCGUCUUGGCUGUGGUUUUGUGGAAGAUGUUAAUCUACUCGAAAUAUGGAAGGAUGUGCAACACUUCACCGAGUUCAUAGGUCCCUUUUGGUGCCUCCGGGCUGCUUUAGGUCCACUGGUGGAAACAUAUAUUUUACUUGAUCGGUUACUGUUUCUUCAAGAGCAAGGAAGUGCAGUUGAAGCGUCAUUGUUUCCUCUGUUUGAUCCCGCCAUGUCUCCAAGGAAUAUGGCACUAGUUGCUUGGAAGUUAACGGGUGAUCCUUUAGAACCAAGUCAUGAUAUGGGAAUGUACAAGAGAUUGCCCUCGAGCAGCGUGCCUUUAUCCAAUAAAUGCUAGGAUUUGUUCGCCCAUGGGCAUGAGAGCGACGCCGCCCUGUACUUCCGGCGAUGCAUCCGCGUCGACGUGGCCACCCAGAGCCGUCGCGACUCUUCCGUCCGCAGAUCCUUAUCCUGUUUUGUACACCCGGAGGUUCCCUGCAAGGCCGCCGGUCAAUUUGCUCCGCUUUUCACUGAUGCAGCCACCGUCUGAAAGGUAACGACAGCGCACCUCACUUGGACCCUGGAAGCUCACCUCUCUUUGUGCUUGCCAGCCAAUGCGCCGCGGCAAGAUCUUUGGUAUCGCUGCAACACUGACCGGUGGGCGGACCGCUGUUGGUAUCGCUGUAACACUGACCGGUGGGCGGAGCGCCGUUCCCCGCUGCGCACCUGGCACAAGCCGAUUGAUUGAUUGUUUGGUUUAUGGUAAACUGAAAAGUUGAUUUGAACUGGGUGCAGUGCAGCUGCGUGCGCGCGAUGUUAGGCCGGCCGUGCGGAGCGGAGGAGAUGAGAUGAGGUAUGUGGUGAGGUUGCUGCUGUUGCUGUCACUGCCCAUUUCCAAGGUCCCUUUCACUUGGUGUGGAGCGGAGCAUCAAUUCCCCCAUUUACUGCUGCGAGGACAAUCAUCUAUCAUUCACUCAAGCCUCUGUCAAGGAGCUUGUUUAGCAUUUUGCCUUGUUGCAUAUUGAUGGAUCCACGGCACAUUAACAUUUCUGCAUCAGCGUGCUGGAUGCCAUCUUGUCACACCCUUUUGACAGGCUUGACUUCCUCUCCAAAGCCUGGCUGUGAACAACUUUUUUCUGUUCACUGAUUGGUUACUUUGCCUUGGUGCCUCUGAUCAUAGGAGAAGAUCUUAAAGAGGAAUAUGCCACUCCUGCAGAAAAAAGAACACCACCACCAUGGGAAGAUCAUCGCUCGACGCUGAGGGGCAGGCACACGUGGUUCGGAUGAUCGCCGAUUCGGACGGUGGACGGACGAUCUUCUCUUCUCGGGGGGAUCGACGACGAUCCCCGUCGCCCGUUCAGGCCCCUGGAUGGGCCUGAUUGCUUUGGCGCUAUCUGAAAGAGAAGGCAGGGAGGGGCGGGAACCAGCCAACGGCGGGGGCUCACGAGGUUUGUGUGUGUGGUGUUUGGCGCGGGCCGCGUGCAUGCAUACAUACGCCGGUGCCCCCUCCCUGGCUGCGCGUAACGGAAUGGGCAGUUGCUCCUCCUAGCCUGUGUGUUUGUGUGGUGUGUGUGGUGUCUCCGUGUCUGUGUGCCUCGCUCGCUCUCAGCACCGCGGUGCAACGUCAGGGUGCCUAAACGUCCUGCGCCACACCUGGUUACGCGACGACCGGCGUUCCUCGGGGCGCGGCGCGUGCCGUUGCCCUGAAUCUGUGCAAGUGACGAUCUACGCGUCUCGUCACUUGCAGUGAACCAAACUUGCAGUGCGCCGGUCUUGGAAUGAUCAACGAGUUGUAUGAUUUUCAAGCGGAUGAUGUGGCUAGCACCAGAUUGACGAGCCAGGGAACGGCCCCCAGAAAUGCACAUUACGCUCACUCCUUUCUCUUUUCCUUGCUGGCGCUUGCCUCCAUGUACCUUGAGCACUGCCGCUCAUC